GGAUGAAUGAAUAUCCGGACAGGAACAGAGUAGGGAUCGACUGGAACAUGUCCGCAUCACCAGGAUUGUGAUCCUUGCUCCAAACUUCCACAUCUCUGAUCCUUUCCUCUCCUCUGACUUCACCAUAUCCUCCUGCCAAUCAUAUACCCUGCCACGUUGUCCCACUAGCUCAAUUUCAUCUCUUCAGAUCACCGCACAACACAACAAAACCACCGUUUGAAGAUCUUUAAACUUCCUUUACACUACUUCCUCAACCCCCUGUAUUUCACUCUCCCUCUUUUCUUUUGAGACCCAUCAACCAAUUAUGAUUUUUCUUCAUAACCAACUUCUUUUAGGACUCUUGUUUUUAAGGAAUCAGCAGAGUGCACAUGUUUGGGGUUGUACAAGGGUUUGACAGUUCGAUUUUUCUUUAGGAAUCUCACAGUGGAAUUUAUUUUCAGUGGGUAUGCAUUGAGGGGAACGGUAGAAAUUGUGGUGACAAGCAAAACUAGAAAUAUGCUUGAGGCUUUGAUAAGAGAAGGAUCAUUCAAAUGGUUACUUAGCAAGCGAAGCUCCUUUGCAGAGGAAGUUGAGGAGCUGCAGAGGUCUCCAUCUGCUGGAAGGAAUUGGAUUCCUGAGCUCUCUCCAGUUGCUAAUAUCGUUGUGCGCCGCUGCUCAAAAAUCCUGGAAACUUCUUCAAAUGAGCUUCUAGAAAGCUUUAAUGCCGAGGCAUCAGAUUCUGUGAAGUCACAGCAUGCAAGGAAUUUUUUGGAAUACUGUUGUUUCAGGGCUCUUGCUCUUUCUACUCGAGUAAUGGGUCAUCUGGCUGAUAAAAAGUUUCGACGCCUUACAUUUGACAUGAUGGUGGCCUGGGAAGCCCCAGCAUCUGCCAGUGAAUGUCUAGUUAAUUUAGAUGAUGACCUCUCAGUUGGGGUGGAGGCCUUCUCUCGAAUAGCACCAGCAGUUCCAAUUAUUGCCAAUGUGAUUAUUUGUGAAAACCUUUUCAACGUUCUUACAAUCUCAACAGAUGGUCGACUUCAUUUCUCUGUCUAUGACAAGUACCUAAAUGGACUAGAAAGAGUGAUAAAAAGGAUGAAGAGCCAAUCAGAAUCAUCUCUUCUGUCUGCUGUUCGACAGUCAAGAGGAGAAAAGAUACUCGAGGUGGAUGGGACAGUCACUACUCAACCAGUUCUUGAACAUGUUGGAGUAUCGACUUGGCCAGGUCGGUUAAUACUGACAGAUCAUGCAUUGUACUUUGAAGCCCUUAAAGUUGUAUCUUAUGAUAAACCUAAAAGAUAUGAUUUGUCAAAUGAUCUAAAGCAAAUCAUUAAACCUGAGUUGACUGGACCAUGGGGUACUCGACUUUUUGACAAGGCAGUCUUGUACAAAUCAAUUUCCAUAUCAGAACCAGUUGUUAUAGAGUUUCCUGAGCUUAAAGGGCACACUCGGCGUGAUUACUGGCUAGCAAUAAUCCGGGAAAUUUUAUAUGUUCAUAAAUUUAUAAAUAAGUACCGUGUAACGGGAGUUGAAAAGGAUGAUGCACUUUCAAAGGCUAUUCUUGGAAUUUUACGUGUGCAAGCCAUUCAAGAAAUUAGUUCUUCAAACCCUGUUCAGUUUGAGUCUCUUCUCAUGUUUAAUCUUUGUGAACAAUUACCUGGGGGAUAUUUUAUACUGGAGACUCUUGCAAAAAUGUCAAAGUCUAGGGAGCUAGAUCGAGGUAACAAUCUUGUGGCUGGAGGUAGCAUGUACUCAAUCUCAGCCUUGGCAAUGGUUUCAAACUUGGGUUUUGUGUUUGAUUCAUGUUCAAGUUCAAGUAAUCCAAGUGAGGCUGGACUUCUUGUUGGUGAAGUAGUUGUGGGUGAGAUGAGUUUAUUGGAGAAAGCAGUUAAGGAAUCCAGAGACGACUAUAAAAGGGUGGUGCUAGCACAAGAAACAGUUGCUGGGGUUAAAGUAGAUGGUAUUGACACAAAUUUAGCUGUUAUGAAGGAGUUACUUCUUCCAGUAUUGGAAGUUGGGAAGGGCCUUCUUUCUUUGGUGUAUUGGGAUGAUCCUCCAAAGUCAUUAAUGUUCUGCUUGAUUUUCACGUUCAUAAUUUUCAGGGGAUGGGUGGGUUAUGCCCUUGCAUUGAUGGUGUUAUUUUUUGCGAUCUUUAUGGUUCUUACGCGAUUUUUCAACCAAGGCAGGCCUGUGGAUGAAAUCAAGAUAAUAGCACCUCCACCUAUGAAUACAAUGGAGCAGCUUUUGGCUGUUCAGAAUGCAGUAUCUCAAUUUGAACAACUUAUCCAAGACGGAAACAUCAUUCUUCUCAAGUUCCGUGCCUUGUUGCUGUCCGUUUUCCCGCAGGCAAGCGAGAAAGUUGCGGCCAGUCUUCUGUUGACAGCUUUGAUGGUGGCAUUAUUGCCUGGUAAGUACAUGUUUCUCCUGAUCUUUUUGGAGAUAUUUACGAGGUAUUCCCCGGCGAGGAAAGCAAGCACAGAAAGAUGGAUGAGGAGAUUGAGAGAGUGGUGGUUCAGCAUCCCAGCAGCUCCAGUGGUAAUUGAAAGAGAAAAGGAAGAUAAGAAGAAAAAGUGAUUGUAUGUUCAAAUUUGUUUUUUCUUUGAACUGUACAUAAUUUUUGUAUAUGUAAAGUAAUGAUUUUUAUAUUACAUUACAGAACUCCUGAAAACUAGAUGUCAGAAAUUGAAAAAUAGUAAAACACAAUAAGAGAACAAUAAGAUAAAUGAAUGACACUUGUUUGUGCCGAAAA